AACAAUAUCCUUUGUCAGUUGUCAUACAUACAGUGGAGUGUUUGUCAUUCAGGUGAUGCCGUAAUUUGAGCCAGUACACAAUGACACAGUUAAUUUAUCAAACUGAAAUUGUUGCCAUAGCUCCAAUGUGGGAUUGUGCAAAUCAAACAAAAGACUUUUUCAUGAAUGUUGGUUCAAUCCUGACAUUCAUCUCUGGCCAUAACAAGAAUGCAUUUGUUUUCCAGAGCAUCCCAUAACAAGCAUUUAAGUGCUGCAGGGGAAAAAAAGGAGGGGGACUUGCUUUGGAAGAGAAAAAUAACCCAGCAAGAUUUGGGACUUCCUCUGCUGAAUGGCUUUAUCACAGCGGAUUACUUUCAUCUGACUUUAACCACCCUUGGGACAGUCAUACAAGAACAACUUGACAUGACCUUUGCUCAAUUGUCUUUUAAAUACAAGAAGUGGGAAUUUCAUUGUGCAGCUCAAAGCCACUCAAGGUUCUCUCAAGGAAAGUGUGAUAGCUACAGAGACAAGCGUGAGAGAAGCACAUUAAUGAAGGUGGUAGGCAGCCAAAAACGCAGCACAGAAGAAGCAGCACAGAAAACCUACACUCCCAGAUUUCAACGAAAGACUCUGACAGCACCUGCUCCAUUUGCGGAUGAAACAAGCUGUCAGUGCCAAGCGCCCCAUGAGAAGCUAACCAUUGCACAGGCCCGCCUGGGAACACCAGUUGACAGACCUGUCAGAGUGUAUGCAGAUGGGAUAUUUGACCUCUUCCAUUCUGGCCAUGCUAGAGCUCUUAUGCAAGCCAAAACUCUAUUCCCAAAUAGCUACUUAUUAGUAGGAGUUUGCAGUGAUGAUUUAACUCAUAAAUUCAAAGGCUUCACUGUGAUGAAUGAAACUGAACGAUAUGAAGCCCUCAGACACUGUCGCUAUGUAGAUGAGGUCAUCAGAGAUGCACCCUGGACACUGACACCAGAGUUCCUUGAAAAACAUAAGAUUGACUUUGUAGCUCAUGAUGAUAUCCCAUACUCCUCCGCUGGCUCGGAUGAUGUAUACAAACAUAUAAAGGAGGCAGACUCACAACUCUCCUUUGGGCACCACUGUUCUACAGUUUCAGAGCCAGAGAGAGCGUACUUUCCUAGGCAAUGGAACAAACAUACCUCUGGCAUGUUCGUACCAACACAGAGAACUGAAGGUAUCUCAACAUCAGAUAUCAUCACACGGAUUGUCCGGGAUUACGAUGUUUAUGCCCGACGCAACCUCCAACGAGGUUACACCGCCAAAGAGCUGAAUGUUAGUUUUAUAAAUGAGAAGAAAUACCGCUUUCAAAACCAAGUGGACAAAAUGAAAGAAAAAGUCAAGAACGUAGAGGAAAAAUCAAAAGAAUUUGUUAACAAAGUGGAAGAGAAGAGCCAUGACCUCAUUCAGAAAUGGGAAGAAAAGUCCAGGGAAUUUAUUGGCAACUUUUUAGAGCUGUUUGGACCAGAUGGAGCUUGGAAGCAGAUGUUCCAGGAACGAAGUGGUCGAAUGCUCCAGGCUUUCUCUCCAAGACAGAGCCCAACCAGCAGCCCUACGCGAGGCCGCUCUCCAUCCCGUUCUCCAUCUCCACCCUUUCCUUGGCUCUUCAAUAAAGCCUCACCUCCCUCCUCUCCAAAAGCUGCCUCUGCCUCCCUCAGCAGCAUGAGCGAGGGAGACGAAGAUGAAAAGUAAAAUGAGAAUAUAUUUUUUAACCAUGGGACAGAAGAACAAGCUACAAACUCAACCACUGGAUGGGGAGGAGAGGUGCGAGGAAAAUCUGGGGUAUCUCUGACAGCCAGGAACAUGCUCUGGGAGAAGUUGUCACAAACAGAUCGGAGCACAGCAAGGGACAAGAUCUCAGGAAGAGCUUAUCCCAUCCCUGCUUCCUUGUGGUGGCUGGAUGCCUUGCCAGCAGCACUUGCCAGACAUGGUACCAGGUGGCUGGCUGAAAAACAUAAAACCUUUGUGCAAGUCCUGUCUGUGUGUCACUGCUUACUGCUACCGUGGGCCAGGCUGGAUCGGCAGGGGAUUUUGCACUGAGGAUGGCUGGUCAGAGAAGCAAUGCCAGCCCUUAUUCCUGACCCAGCACACAAGCAAGCAACAGCCGCAGCCCGUGGAAAGAGAAGGUGUAGUUGUAUCUGGACCCUGCUAGCCUUGAGCUCUUCUAGCACAUGAAGGAAUGACAUCACAGCAGCAAAAAAAUCUUCAGGCACAGGAAGUAAAAUUUUCUUUUCGAACUAAAUCUGCCCCAGACCCAAAGCACAGCAGUGAAGUGGAGAGCUGUCUAGUUGGGAUAAUGGAAAUUCAUUGAAUAUAGUCAAGCUGUUCAAUGUUGCUUGUUGACCAAGCCUCUAUACAGGAGGUGUAAAGAUUCAGGCUGUGUGAAUCUCCUUUGCUUUAUCAAAUCUCCAUGUUCCUAGUGCCUGAACAGCUACCCAAUAACUUCUGUUUUGCUCUCUGCUGUUGUGUUUUGGAGGCAGCAAAGUAAAGGAAAGAAAGUUGGAAUUUCUUGUUGGGAAAAAUACUUAUUUUGAAGACUUUGGCAACUUUUACUGGUCAAUUCUAAAAACAUACAUGGGAUCUCACAGCCUAAGAACAGACUUCUAGGAAACCCCACCACAACCAGAUACAUUAUCACCAAACCAUGAGCACAACAGUGCUUCUGCCCUCUCCCGUUCUACUAAUCAGGUUAAAUUUCUGACAAAACUCUAAAAGCAUAUUGAUAGACACCCUCCCCCUGUUUCGGGUCCUGGGGCUGUUGUUCUAUCCUAACAUGAAGAAAAGGUUGGGGUGGGGGGAGGGAAGGAAACAUUUUUCAGUAGGAUUAGGCACAGGGAUUUUCUUUCUCCUGCCGUGUGACACCCUUUUGCCAAGCAGAACCACAGAAACUUUAGCACUAAUGAAGCUUUCCCCUCCCCUUGACGCAUUAACAUACAAACUGACCUUCUUCCAGCUUGGCAGUAACCUGGCUCCACCAUUUGACCCCUCAGUUAGCACCUGGCAAGGUGGCUCUAGAGUUAGCGAUUUACGAGCAGGGAGGCACUCCCUGCCCUGUCCUGCAGCUCGAAAAGCCAUGCUAAACAUCUGCCCCAAGGAGGGCUGCAAUGCAACGCUGUGAUUUGUGCUCCUGCUCUUGCCUUGGUGCACUGGCACCGUCAAGGCUCCCCAGCCUGCCAUCGGCCAUGGUGCCCAGCCAACAGGCCAAGGGGGCCACGGCUGCCUGUGCCUGGGCAGCUGCACAGCUCAGGCCACAAGCUGCCCGUGCAAGGGGGCACAGCAGCGCGGCCCCCGCUGCACCACCGCUCCCUGGAGCGGCAAACUCAUCACAGCACACAACGUGCUGCAGACGCCACCAGUCUCCACACUGCUUGUCUCCUGCACAAGCAGUGCACAAAGCACUGGAGGAAGGUGGGCUGGGAAAGCUUCUGGCAGGAGGUGGCAGCGAGCUUGCUGCAGUUCAUUCUGGAAUUAAAAACCAGUCAAAUGAGACCCUGAGCUCCUGAGCACGCGUUGCAGUAGUAACUCUACUGGCAGCUGUCCCUCCCAGGCUACUUCCUUUCCUUUGCCAAGGCCCUUGUGCUUUACACACUCCAUUUCAAAUACCUUCUCCAGUGGGAAAGUUACAGACCCUCACAGCCAGGCACCAAAGCAGCCCCGCUCAUUCCCAACAACUUUUAUCCCUCCCUCCGGAGUAAGCAAUUUCUCUUCAAGAAAACUUUGCUGGACUCUCUUCUUUUUGCUGGACAUCACAAGACUGAGGAAAUCAUUUCUCAUGGCAUAAUUUGUUUUCUGGAGACCAAACUAAUUCUUUCUUCACACAGCUGUAAAAGACAGAUAGCAGGGAAUAGGGUGAACUGCUACUUUUACUACAAAGUGCAAGAGGAGGGCCACAGCCAGUGGGAUGAUGCAAUUAAGACCUUCCUUAGCCUUAGGCAACCUGUUACUGUAAUUUCAUAUCUGGGAUGCACUUGUUAGUUUUUCUGAUCUUUGCAAGUCUGAGUCUUCCCAUCACAAACCACUCCUCCACCGUGGGAACAGUCUGCUCUCUACUGGUGCUGUUUAUACAACGAGCCAUGUCCAAACAUAACAGAGGCGGGCAGGGUUUUGUUGUUACUGGGUUUUACAGUUAUGUCUUUGUUUUAAUUUCACAGUGCUUACUGUUCAGCAGCCCUUGUUUAAUGGUUUGAGCAGAAGACAGCAUCCAUGACUUGUAAAUAGGAACUGGAGAAAAACUCACCAAAAUGACCUCUUUUUAACUGAAGCUGUUUCUCAGAGAGUCACAGGUGGCCACCCCGUGACAAAGCCAUAUUACUGUACCAGACAUCUUUUUUGCAUUUAGGAUAUCAGUAAGCUGAAGCCUUUGCCCUGCUGGUACAGACACCAAUAUCCAUGCGCUAUCUCCA